CUGCACUUAACAUCCUCACUUCUUCACCCCCCAAAAGUCUUCCCACGUGGAGUUUGUUAUUCUCCGGUUUGACCUGGUCAUACAAUCCUCAACCGGUGCAAUUUUGAGCAAACUUUCAGCGACCUCCAAAGAAAGCAAUUGGAGCUUGUCAAGACCUUCAAGCCUGCCUGUCAACUCAAUACGAGACCUUUACGUGGUUAAUAGCAACCAUGCCGUCCACUUCCGCGGCCCUAACGCCUGGAUUGGCGUCGUUCCUCAAGUCCUUGAAGACGAAUCCGAUUGAUACAUCGAUUGACGAUCUGAUCUCGCUUCUGAAACGCAGACAGAUUCGCCAUUCCAGAUCAUGCGCGACCGCAACCGCCUACCUCCUGCGCAGUGUUAUCUCGGCUACUCGGACUUCGGAUGCAAACAAGAUGAUCGAGCGGGUCCAGCAUGUGGGAAGGCGCGUGAUGGCCGCUCAGCCCAGGGAAAUGGUGGUCGGAAAUAUUGUCAGACGUGUGCUUGGAUUGAUCCGUGAUGAAGCGGAAGACGACAGAGAGGCCGACUUCACUCUGAGUGAAGCGGGCUCGGAGAGCCAGCCUCAGACCCCUCGUGCCUUGGAUGACCCCUCCGAGGUUCUCUCUUCUCGCCAUGAAGGUUCCGACCGGUCAUCCUCGAGACAGCCUUUCACUUCGCUGUCAGCUACACCCAUUUCCAUGUUCAGUCUCCUCUCACACCCAGAGCCUGAGUCGUCUCUGCCUGGCACCCCGGCCUCUGCGUCUCCGUCUGGCCGCCUACUGGGCCAAAGUCACAACAAAGACAUCCGUGCCGAAGUUCUGGACGGUAUCAACGAAAUCAUCGAUGAGUUGGGCCAGGUAGACGACCAGAUUGCGGCCUACGCCCUGGAACACAUUCACUCCAACGAAAUCAUCCUGACACACACAUCCUCAACUACCGUCCAGAAAUUCUUGCUCAAGGCUGCGGCCAAGCGCAAGUUCACCGUGAUCCAUGCCGAAUCUUAUCCCAACAACCAUGAAGCGACCCAUGCCACUGUCAGCGGACAGGCCCCCAAGGACGACGACAUUCUGAGCACCGAGGCUUUCCAGAAACCUUUGAUCGCCCUGGGCAUCACUGUUAUCCUGAUCCCUGAUUCCGCAGUCUUCGCGCUCAUGUCCCGUGUCAACAAGGUCAUCUUGGGCACGCACUCGGUUCUUGCCAACGGCGGAUUGGUGGCUGCGGCAGGCACGCGGGUCAUCGCUCGCGCGGCCAAGGUGCACCAGACCCCCGUGGUCGUUGUGAGCGGUGUCUACAAGCUCAGCCCUGUCUACCCAUUCGAUUUCGACUCGCUGAUCGAGUAUGGCGAUGUCAGCAAGGUUAUUGGAUACGAAGACGGUGACCUGGUAGACCAGAUUGACGUGCAGAACCCGCUGUACGACUAUGUCCCUGCGGAACUUGUCGAUCUUUACAUCACCAACCUGGGAGGCCAUGCGCCGUCUUACCUUUACCGUAUUGUCUCGGACCACUACCGCAAGGAGGAUAUCAAUGUCUAAUGGUUUUGAGGAUUAUGGAAAUGGAAAUGAAUCAACAUAUGAACAAAAGCUCAAGGGAAUGCAGAUGGCUGCAAUAUGACAUGCAAAAAGUUCGGCUAUAGAUGAGUAAGGCGUAAGGGCAUAGACAAUGGAACGCAACGAUACCCGCGGGGAUACUAGGAUAAUCUUUAUGAAUGAGAUCAGUCCUUAUCGAUUGAUGCAUCCAACCAACGUAGACAGUCCACGCGUUCUAGAUCAC